AUGACCACCUCGCCCAGCCAAGCGAAUGGCAAUAUGCACAGCGUCAAAGGAACUGUUGUUGAGAACAUUGGCAAUCUGACUGGCAGCGACAGCCUGAAGAAAGACGGAAAGCAGGAGCACGCGCAGGGCGAGGCAGAGGUUAAGGCAGCGCAGACCAAAGGCUACGUUGAGGGGAUGAUGGAGCGCGUUCAGGGCACCGUAGACUCGGUCCUCGGAGCCGUCAAGGGCGACAAGACGCAACAAGCCAGUGGCGAUGUUCAAGACGCGGCUGGCGAAGCCAAGAUGGAGGCAAACAAGCCUAUGUAG